UUCAUUGAUUGUCUCCCUCUCCAUGGAAACGAGGAUUUCGACGUCUUGAAAGAGGGUCACUGGGGAUGUAGAACGGUAUUGCUAAAAACCAAAACAAAACAAACAUCUUAAUUUCAACAUGAAACGAUUUCUUAAAUCCAGUGUGAUUUUUUAAAAAGACAAUCAUGAAAACUACAGGCAAUGUAUGCAUCUCCGGCCGUAUUCGCUACACUGCAGUGAGUUAAAUCUCUGUCUCUGUAAUCCCAGUAAUUAAUCCAGACAUUGCGAACGUCGUUGUGUUUAUGCGCCGUAUGCAUAAAUAAUUAUUUGUAAGUAUAAAGCCAUUUUGAAUACUUAUUAAAGUUUAUCCCGAGCUAGAGAAGAUGGAAAUAAAUCUGAACCGCGUUGAUUAUCUCCAGGUUGGAGUGACAUCACAGAAGACGAUGAGGCUUCUUCCAGCAUCAGGACGCAGAGCAACGCAAAAGGUUGCAGUUGCAGACCAAGAUGGUGUCAUUACUUGUUUUGGAAUGAAAAAAGGCGAGCCUGUGAUGCUGUUGGUUUUCCAGCCAGUGUUCAAGAGCUUACCAGGACCGAAGAUUUCUAGGCUGGAGCUGGGGGGAGCCCUCGGUACACCAAAGGAGAAGAUCUUUGUGGCUGCAGGGUCAGAGGUCAGAGGAUUCACAAAGAAAGGGAAACAGUUCCUUACAUUCGAAGCUAACCUUGCAGAGAGCAUCAAGGCCAUGUAUGUUUCAGGUGCGGACCUCUUUGUUUGUGCCAGCUACAUCUACAACCACUAUUGUGACUGCAAGGACCAGGAUUAUUACCUGUCUGGGGAUAAAAUCUGUGACAUUGUCUGCCUGCCUAUGACCAAGCUGGGACAGACCACUCCAGUGCUAGCCUGUCAAGAUAGAGUUCUCAGAGUAUUGCAGGGAUCUGAGCUAGUAUAUGACAUUGAAGUUCCUGGACCUCCUGCUGUCUUAGAAAUAAACAAUGCUAAAGAAGGAGAAAUUGAAGAUGAACUUUUGUAUGGCACAACUGAUGGAAAGCUGGGGCUUGUUCAGGUUACUGACACCUCUCCAGUAUAUAAAUGGGAAGUGACCAAUCAGAAGAAGAGAGGAGGUAUUCUGUGCAUUGAUAGGUUUGACAUUACUGGUGAUGGAGUAAAAGAAAUACUUGUUGGCCGGGAUGAUGGAACAGUGGAGAUCUAUAGCCUCGACAGUACAAACGAACCUGUGAUUCGUUUUGAGCAUGUCUUGUCAGAAAGUGUCACAUCCAUUCAGGGAGGCUGUGUUGGAAAGGACGCUUUUGAUGAGGUGUUGACAGCCACUUACACAGGUUGGGUAACAGGGCUAACUUCAGAACCACAACAAAAGGAAGCUGGGCCUGGAGAGGAAAUGAAGAUGAGUCCAGAAACGCAGAACAAAAUUGUGGCACUGAGAACUGAACUGGAGCAGCUCCAGGUGAAGGUUCUGCAGGAACGUGAGAAAUACCAGCAGUCUGCCCAGUCCAGCACUGCCAUCUCAUCAGUACCUGUCUUCAGUGUCAAUGACAAGUUUACUCUCUGUCGAGAUGAUGCCAGCUACAGCCUUACCCUGGAGGUGCAGACCGCCAUAGAUAACGUUCUGCUUCAGAGUGACGUUCCUAUAGACCUGCUGGAUGUGGACAAAAACUCUGCAGUUGUCAGUUUCAGUGGAUGUGAUUCAGAGCCAAAUGGAAACUUUCUUCUUGCUACAUAUAGAUGCCAGGCCAACACCACAAGACUUGAGCUGAAGGUGCGGUCAAUUGAAGGCCAAUAUGGGAUUCUGCAGGCCUACAUUACUCCACGUCUGCAGCCUAAAACCUGCCAGGUUCGUCAGCAUCAAAUCAAACCCCUGUCUCUCCACCAAAGAACCCAUGCCAGUGAAGAGCACAGACCCAUGAAUACUCUGACACUGACUGGCCAGUUCAGUUUUGCUGAGAUUCACUCCUGGGUUGUUUUCUGUCUUCCUGAAGUCCCUGAAAAGACCCCAGCAGGGGAUGAUGUAACCUUCUACUUCCAGAACACCUUCCUCGAUACACAGCUGCAAUGCACAUACAGCAAAGGAGAAGGUAUAUUUAAAUCUGACAACAUUUCUACAAUAUCCAUUCUAAAAGAUGUGCUUUCAAAAGAAGCAACCAAAAGAAAAAUCAACCUGAACAUAUCCUAUGAUGUUAACGAAGAAUCUGUAAACCACACCUUGAAGCUAAUCCACCCCAAACUAGAAUACCAGUUGAUUCUGGCUAAAAAAGUUCAGUUAAUUGAUGCUUUGAAGGAGCUGCAGGUUCAUGAAGGUAAUGUGGACUUCUUGAUUCCAGAGUACCGCAGUAUUCUGGAAGAGGCUGAUCACCUCCUAGAAGAGUACAAGAAGCAGCCUGCCCACCUAGAAAGAUUGUACGGUAUGAUUACAGACCUCUUCAUUGACAAGUUCAAAUUCAAGGGAACAAAUGUGAAAACCAAGGUUCCUCUGCUGCUUGAAGUUUUGGAUAACUAUGACUCUGAUUCUUUAAUUGCUUUCUUUGAUUCUGCUUAAUCCUGUGGAGAAAAAAAAAACCGACAACCUAGUACUGUACAUCUUUACAUAAAAAAGCCAAACUAUGCUUAUUGUUUGCUUAAUAUGUUAAAGAAAUUUAGUGUUAUGUUCAAGACAUUUUAAUUGUUACAAUGUUAGAUAUAUUGUCUUCUAGUUUUUCAAAAUCCAGGUAUAUUAAAGACACGUGUAGUUCAUUUUAAGACACAGUCUUCAGCAUUAUAUUCUUUGUUCGAAUGUUAUUUAUGUAAAAUGUGCAAAUGUUUUAUGAUGCUUUUUAAAAGUAACAUUUAGUAUAUAUGUAUAUUGAAAAAUAUUUUGAGAAUAUUUUAGUCCUUUUAAAGAUUGGUCUUAGUCGUCAAUAAAAUAAUACUUGUUACAAUUCUAUAUGUUUUAUAAAGAAUUUAAAUGCUAAUGUAACAUGCUGCUUUGAAUAGUUCAUUCCCAUAAAAUUUUAUUUUCGCUGGC